AUGUAUAUAUCGAUUCUUGUUUCACAUAUCCAUCGAAAUCAUAUGCCAGGUUGUCGUCUUGGAGAUAGUGGAAUUGUCAUUGGUUCAUACGAAAGUGACAAAGUUAGCAUAACUGCUUGGGAAAACACCCGAAAUGAAAAUCCAGGGCUUCCUUUUUCACUGGUGUCGAUACUGAUAUGCUACGGGAUAUAUCAUCUAUCAAAUUCAGGUCGAGAAAUAACUGGAAGUACUGGGGAAGUGAGGAAAGGCGAGAGUUGGUGUUUGCGUAAUAUUUGCCUCAGUGUCACAUAG